AUGACUGGCCGACGCCGUUUCAACUGCAUCUCCAACGAUAUGGAACUGCAAUUUGGAAAACAGACGUACAUGAUGACGCUGCAGGAAUAUCGAGGCCAAUUCCUCCCGGAGUCACAUCAUCUCGUUAGAUACGUCGAUGAUGUUUUCCGCAAAUUAAUCCUCUCGGGCCAACCGCAGCUGGGUGAAGAAGACGCGAUGCUUAAGAACCUGAAGUGGAAGGUGCAUGUUAUCAACUCGCCUGAGAUGAAUGCGUUUGUGUUGCCUGGUGGAAACGUCUUCGUGUUCACCGGCAUUCUACCGAUCUGCCGAGAUAGAGACGGCCUCGCUGCGGUCCUGGGUCAUGAGAUCGCACAUGUCCUCGCCCAUCACCCAGCCGAGCGCAUGAGUUCGAAUAUCAUAGUGAUUGUUACGGCACUGGCGGCAUCAAUGCUGUUUGACGUGUCGCAAAAUUUGUCGUCAAUGAUUUUAAAUCUGAUGCUUGCCUUGCCGAAUUCAAGGGCGCAGGAGUCGGAGGCGGAUGAAAUUGGCCUCAUGAUGAUGGCAAAGAGCUGUUUUAAACCCGAAGCUGCCGCUGGAUUAUGGAGCCGGAUGCACCAGGCUGAGAAAGCAGCGCCUCCCCAGUUGUUGUCGACGCAUCCUUCGAGCCGGAGACGGAUGGAAGCAAUUCAGAAAUUGCUCCCGCAAGCAAAUAUUGCAUAUGAUGAUAGCGGAUGUGGACUUACAGGGCGAUAUGCCGAGAGCUUUGGACAGACAUUCAGACCCUUUUGGUAGAGAGGCGUGUGGAUAGCUGAUGACUUGGACUAUCCUUGGGUAUUUUGCAUAGGAAAUAUCUGUAGCUACAACGUGUACAAUAAGUCAAUAGUCAUCUACACUCUCCUGAGCUGUACAGAGUAUGGAGUAUUUGAUAUUGUAAUUAUUGUAAUAUCCACGGU